GAUCCAGACGCUACGGGGCUGCGGGGACUGUUUAUGGCCGCCCGUGCGUCACUGAAGUCCGCUAUUUUCAACUAUACCGUCGCUUUUAAACGCCAGGCAAGCGUGCCGACAUCUGCGGACCCGUUAAUAGCACCAGCGACAGUGAAAGAUGUUGUUUUAACGCGCGGAUAACUACUAGGAAUUGAACUUCAUCGCAGCUACGGACAGACGUGUAAAAUAGUAUUUGCGUCGAUUAAAAGCUACAAUCCUGACGCUGGUACGUGCAGUCGCAUCAUUUGUGACUAUCGGAUUUGAUCAGACGCAAGAGACGAGCAGAUUUGAUCUUAACCCGCGUGUAUCUGCGCCUCCCUGUUUUAGCAGCGCGCUAGGCCCACAGGCUCCAGAGGAGGAGGAGGAGGAGGAGGAGGCGGAGGCGGCGGCGGCGGCGGCGGCGGCGGCGGCGGCUGCUACAGCUGCAACAAACUUCACGGACAUAUCACGCAACUUUCCCGGACAAUGUCACGGCUAUGUUUUGUAGCAGGUGGAAGUUGUGCAGGACUCAGAACAGUUUAAAGACAAGGAUUGACGAGGUUAUCUGAAGACCCCGGGGUACUGCUUUAAAAUGUCGGCUGCCAUCUCUGCGUCGGACAAGGUGGACGGUUUUACGAGGAAGUCCAUGAGGAAGGCCCAGCCGCGGCAGAGGAGGUCGCAGGGCUCCUCUCAGUUCAGGACGCACGGCACAGGCCCUGUAGAGCUGUCUCCACUCCCGCUGCUCAAAGACACCCCCAGCACAGAGCAGCAGGAGCUGUUCCAGCAGAAGCUCCAGCAGUGCUGUGUCCUCUUCGACUUCUUUGAGUCAGUUACAGAUCUGAAGAGCAAAGAGGUCAAGAGAGCCACUCUCAAUGAGCUGGUUGACUAUGUGUCCACCAACAGGGGUGUGCUGGUGGAGGCCGCCUACCCCGAGAUCAUCAACAUGAUCUGCACCAACAUCUUCCGGACUCUUCCUCCCAGUGAGAACCCGGACUUUGACCCUGAGGAGGACGAGCCCACCCUGGAGGUGUCCUGGCCACACAUGCAACUGGUGUACGAGUUCCUCCUACGUUUCCUGGAAAAUCCUGAUUUCCAGCCCAGCAUUGCCAAACGCUACAUCGACCAAAGAUUUGUUCUGCAGUUAUUGGAGUCGUUCCACAGUGAGGACCCCAGAGAGAGGGACUUCCUGAAGACCAUCCUACAUCGCAUUUACGGCAAAUUCCUGGGUCUUCGCGCUUUUAUACGCAAGCAGAUCAACAAUAUAUUCCUCAGGUUCAUCUAUGAGUCCGAGCGCUUUAAUGGAGUGGCUGAACUACUUGAAAUCCUCGGCAGUAUCAUCAAUGGCUUCGCUCUGCCGCUGAAGGCUGAGCACAAGCAGUUCCUGAUGAAGGUGCUGAUUCCUCUGCACACAGCCAAAGCUCUGGUCCUAUUCCACGCACAGCUGGCAUACUGUGUCGUCCAAUUCCUGGAGAAGGAUCCCACACUCACUGAACCGGUUAUUCGAGGGUUGCUCAAGUUUUGGCCUAAGACGUGUAGCCAGAAAGAGGUGAUGUUUCUGGGUGAAAUUGAAGAGAUUUUGGAUGUCAUUGAGCCGACACAGUUCAAGAAGAUCCAGGAGCCGCUGUUCAAGCAGAUAGCCAAAUGUGUGGCCAACCCCCAUUUUCAGGUGGCAGAGAGGGCGCUCUACUUCUGGAAUAACGAGUACAUUCUGAGCCUCAUCGAGGAGAACAUCGAUAAGAUCCUGCCCAUCAUGUUUGGCAGCCUGUACAGGAUCUCCAAGGAGCACUGGAACCCGACCAUCGUGGCUCUGGUCUACAAUGUUUUGAAGACGCUGAUGGAGAUGAACGGGCCUCUGUUUGAUGAGCUCACAACGUCCUACAAAACUGACCGACAGAGGGAGAAGAAAAGGGAGCAGGACAGAGACGAGCUGUGGAGGAGACUGGAUGCACUCAGACUGAACCACUGCAGUCCCAACAACAGCCAUGGUCUGCAGAGCACCCACAACUUCAACAAUAACAACAACAACAACAACAGUAAUCAUGGCAAUGACACAAAUCACUUCACCAGUAACACCCAGAGCUGCAGCGGUCAGGAGAAUGAGCCAGAUGCAUAUGAACCCAAAUCAGAGUGUGAGGAGAGCCCUGACCCCAGUGACCCCAGUGACCCCAGUGACCCCAGUGACCCCAACGACCCCAACAACCCCAACAACCCCAACAACCUCAGUGCCAAAUGACAGUAAAAACGUCUUAGGUGUGAGAGGUGAAUAGUUUCUGUCCACACUAAAUGUUUCGGUAUUGUCCAGGUUCCACUUUACGGGUAGUUAAGGAAUGCUGACACUGCCACAGAGAGCCGUGAUAUCAAGUGUGUUUGAGGAUAAACAGUAUUCUUAGUUCCGUGUACUGCUUAAAAACUCCACUUUAUUUUCCUUCUACUUUUCCUAUCAUCAUACUCAAGCAAGAGAACGUGGUCUAGAGCAGGGGUUUUUGAAGGGCCUCUACUCAAUAUUUUUCAUAUGUAUUUGAACAAAAUUUGUCUUGCCCAAUACAGAUAUAUUGUAUAAGCAGCUCUUGAGGUCAAAAUAUAACUUUUUGGAGCUUUCUACCAUGUUAUAAUAUUCUCUCAUCAUAAACGUGCCGGGACAGGUUUUAGAUGUCAACCAUGCAUGUUUGAGUAAUCUAGCGAUCUCUACUGGGUCCUAUUCAAGCAUGAUGCAUACUGCUCGUGUUGUGAUGUUACGAUGUGAGCAAAGGUGCUCAAAAUAUAGCAUUUUCAAAACAAUAAAAAGUAACAUGGUGAUUUAAAUAUGUUAUGUGUUACAGUUAAUAGCCCACAUAAGAGAAAUACCCCCUCUUUAAAAAGCAUUUUGUUUUUCAGUAAUGAAUAAAUGUACAUUAAAAUGCUAGUUUUUGUUAGCUUUACUGUGACGGCAAAACUCUGGUCUCUGAAACAUAAGAAAAGCACUUAUGAACUCAUCCCAAUGCAUAAGGAAGGUGAGGACCAUUGGACCAUUGCAAACCGUUAAAAAUUAACUAGUUUUGUUUUUCACAAUUUUAAAAAAAGUAAAAAUAUGGUACAGCGCCUUUAAUUUUUUCUACUUUUCUUUUACUAUACUCAGUAACCCAGGACCUGCAUGCAUAUUAAGUACAUGACAUUAUAUUAUUUUGAAGACCCUUCAGGAGGUGCUCGCGGUCCUCCCAUACGCCCCAACUCUAUGGUUUUAAGAGUCAGUGGGCUGAGUCUUGGAUGGUGAGACAGCAGGGCUACGGUUGUUUUCAGAUGCUGCUUGUGUGUGUGUGUUGCUCAGGUCAGUGGACAGAGUAUUUAAACAAAGCAUUUGUGUGGACAGACUUUGUAAAUGCCAGCACACAUAUAUGUAUUUAGUAUAUCUGGAUUGUCUGUUCCAAAAUGUAUUCUUUCACCAGAGAUUAUUUCCUGAUUGUGGCAGUUUAAGUGUAAAUCAUAAGGGCUUGAACUUUUGUGAAAGAUUUGAAAUUUUUAAACCUGCUGUUUGUAAAACUGUUGACCUUAAGAGUGAAGGGCAGAGACAGGACAGUCAUUGUAUAGAAGUGUGCCAAUUUAAUAGGAAUGCAACCAAAAAGCAGAGAUCCAUGACUGCAUCAAAUGGUUGGUGGGUACAUGUGCUAUUUAAGACACUGUUCACAAGGAUAGUACACUUAAAAGGAAAUGCAGAAACUUUUUUGUUGCACCACUAUUAUAUAGGUCACUUCUGUGUGCAAUACUAAAUAAGUAUUCAUUUUUAAAAACUUCAAAAUGUAUACUUAAAAUGUAUUGAUACCUAGAGCUACACCAGCCAUAGCUCUCAGUGGGAGAAUGCAAGUCAGUAGAAAGUUGAUUCUAGUGGAGUAAGGGGUCAGGAGAACAAACAGUAGCCUUAUUUAGCCACUGCACUUGUUCAUUAGCAGAGCUUCUAAGUAUGAAUGCACUUUUGUUUACUGCCAGUGUACUUUCUUGUGAUGAAAUGUGAAUGAGUCUGAUUUGAGAGUCCCCAUUCAGUAGACUGAACUCUCCAGGCUCUGAAAGUACAGAAGGGUUGGAGCAGUACAUGUGUGCGGCCUUACCCUGAGCAGACCAGUGCAAGAGCUGACUAGUGUGCAACAGAGCACACUUUAAGAGCUCUCACCCUGCCCCAUGAGCUAACAUUAGCAUCUCUGAACUCUCUCAUGGUGUGUCAGUGUGACAGAUACUUGUGUGCUAUAUACAAAUCUAUUUUUGUCUAAAAGCAAACCAGACUCAGUACUAUAUUUUCAAGUAUAAAUAGUAUAACUGUAUAUUUCAACCUGUUUUUGGCUGAAGGGGUGCAGGGUCUGUGUGUAUAUUUUGGUUUCAAUAUGUGUAAAGCUAUUUUAAAGGGAAUCUUCUUUUUCACUUUCCCAUUUGGAUGUUUGUUUUUGUUUUUUUCUUGAUAAUAACUGAGAGAAACAGUGUUGCUUAGGUCUUAUCACUUUGAAUCCAAGAUCAUUUUUAAAACACAUUCAAAUGGAUGUAACUCUUGUGAUACAGGGAACAUGUAUGGUAACUCCUACAGUAACAUACUGUGAACAUGUACAUUGUUUAGAAUCCAUAGCAGCAGAUGGCCCAGCAGAUGGCCGAGAAGCUCUGCCGAUAUUUCUGGGCCAAUAUGUAGUAGAUAGUUCUUUUUGUCUCUCCCCAAAUUCUGUCAUUUAAAUUUAGUAAAAACUCAUCCACAGCCCUUUUUACCACAGACCUGUAAGAGAGCUGCCUAGUCACAUUUUAACGCUUGAAUGUGAAGAGAUAGUGGCACAAAACAAGGCUUUGUGUGUACUCCAUAGACAGCAAGUCGGCCAAAGCAAAAUAUUGGCCUGGAGAUUUAAGGCCGCUAGCAGAUACACCAAUAAGUGCAAAUAUCAGCCAACCAAAAUAGUGGUCUGUCUCUUCAGUGAAUACAGGCCGGCACUGCCAGGAGCUGUUUCUGAAUAAAGGUCGCAUAACUUUUAGGUCUUUAUCAAACUCAGAAUUCAAUGCAAUUUUAUUACUGAAUUCAGAAAUCAGGCCUAUAAAAUAAUUUAAAGAUUUGUGAACUCUGAAAAAUAAUCCAAUUCCCUUAUACACUUUUUUUUCAUUGUGGAUUUUCUUUGACUCUGGAGAAGCAAACGUCAAAUGGCUCAUACCUCUUGUUUGUGAUCCACCCUGUCAGGAUGAGUCUGGAGGACAGCUCUAGACUCUCCAAGUUGGGCAUUCCAGGAUGCUGGUUCUGUUCCAUGUGAUGCCUCUGUCAGUCCAUUCCAGUGUGUCUGUGGGACUUGUUUUGUAUCUGCAGAUUGUAAACCUAAUAAACAUUGGAUUUAAA